CCAGCGAGUCGUCCACAACACCGGAACACGUCGUAUGUGCGCGGGAGCGGGACGCGUCCUUGUUCUUGUACGCUGAGGAAGGCUCCACCAACCUCGCCUCUUGCUUUUCCCUGGCUAUACUUCUUAUUCGUCCGAUUUUGGGGCUCCAGGUUGUGGAUUAUUUGGUUCCGAUUCUGCACAGGAGAGGUCGGCCAUGGAGGAGUCGAGCUCGCACCACAAGGCGCAGCUGUGGGACGGCGACGCCAAGGCGGUGCAGCAAUGUCUGACGGACAUCUUCACCAGCGUAUACACCACCUGCGACGUGCCCGAGAGCGCCAUCUUCGGGCCGUGCGUCCUCAGCCACACGUCCAUGUAUGACAGCAUCGCCUUCAUCGCUCUCAAAGCCACCGACAAGCGCACAGCACCUUACAUAUUCCGGGUGGACACAUCUGCAGCUAACAGCACGUCAGAGGGCCUGAUGUGGCUUCGUCUGGUGCAGUCGGCUCGCGACAAGGACGAGCAGAACCUGGAGGCGUACGUGAAGAACGGUCAACUCUUCUACCGCUCGCUAAGGCGCAUUGAGAAAGACGAGGAGCUGCUUGUGUGGUACGGGAAGGACCUGGUGGAACUCUUACUACUCACUGCUGCCAGGGUGCCUACUAAGAGCAAAGGUGGAACCCACAACUCAUGUCCAGAUUGCAACCAGAGGUUCCAGUUUGAGUUUCCGUUCUUAGCUCACCUCCGCUUCCGUUGCACCAAAAGACUUCAGAACUUGACGGGAGUAGAUGAGGAGCCCGGCAGGGAGCGCAGCCCGGACCGGCCCAACGCUACACCCACAAGGAGCAGUCCCAAACAUGGCCGAUCUGAGGGCGACAGCAACAAACCCUCCACAGACUUUCACAACCUGGCACGAGACAUGGAGAACAACCGGACUGGUAGCCCGCUAAGCGACAGGGAGGCGGAGGUGUGCAGCGAGAGCUCCGGGAAGAGAAAGUUCUCCGCAGUGGAUGACCGAGAGUGCCGACGACCCAGCUUGCCACAGUCCAAGUCCAAGGAGGAGCUGGCGACAUCGGCGCAGAACUACCGGGGAGUGUAUGGCUUGGAGGAAAACCGGGCACUAUCUUCAUCCGGUUCAUCGGAGACCAAAUGCAGCGCUUUCACCGAAGUCAAGAAGUCGGUUCAGACUCUCAAGAACCAUGGCAGCAGCAAAGGUCUGUCAAGCGUCAACUCCGAGAACAAAGACCGUCCCGGCAGCGGCCCCUCGGAGAAGCACCUCAACAUCCGUCAGGUUCUGUCUGAGACGCAGCCGGCCCAAACCCCACCCAUGGGGAGCGCCUUCACCUCGGUGAGCCAGGCGGGCGGCAGUGAACGGAAGAGCGCCUUCAGCCAACCGGCCCGUUCCACCUACUCCCAAAUCUCCCCACUGGUCAUGCCGCCCAAGCUGCUGGACUGUCACCCGGCGGUGGGUGACACCAUUUCAUCUAGCCGUCUGUACCAGGCUGACCACCUGGCUGCCAAGCUGCAGGGUGCGGAACUGGGUGCAAACUGCCCUGUGCCGGGCGGCGUGGCAAAGCAGAGCCCAUUUGUAUAUGCCGCUGCUGCCGCUGCCACCUUCUGGCCCAAAAACUCGGGUGGUGUCCAGUUGCAGAUGCCCUCGGCACUCACUCUCCUACCCCCCUCUUUCACGUCACUGUGCCUGCCGGCGCAGAACUGGUGUGCAAAGUGUAACGCCUCCUUCCGCAUGACUUCGGACCUGGUCUACCACAUGCGCUCACACCACAAGAAGGAAUACGCCAUGGAGCCCCUGGUCAAGCGGCGGCGCGAAGAGAAGCUCAAAUGUCCCAUCUGCAACGAGUCCUUCCGAGAGCGUCACCACCUUUCACGGCACAUGACAUCGCACAACUGACUCGGGGGGCCUGGGACCUGACGCUGGGGGAACCAUAAGAAAUUAGGGGUGGCUCUGAAGCUUCAAUGCUGCAAAAAAAUCUAAAUCUUCAACAGCCCGGUCAGUCAUGUACCCUAAGUCUAAGGGUUUUCAAACUUUCUAAAUACACAGGAGUUUUUUUUUAUCCAAAGACGGCAUUAUCCCUAAAAAUGACAGUUGAUUUGAUUUCGGAAAAAGAGGUCCGAAAUGCUUGUUUCGAUAACAAUCCAGGCUAAACUUAGUUCCUCUCCGUCAUACAGUAUAUGCUCUCGUAGUCAAAAUGUAUCACUUCACCACACCAAUUACUAUUCUAUUUUUCAACUUUGACAAGGCUUCUGUUCCAUUUUUAGGUAUUUAUACAUUGUAGCUUGCUGAUGUGCUUGAACUACUCUGUGAACAGGAACUAGUUUAUUAAGCGUAGUGUUGCCAACUUAGCUUGUUUGGUCACUAUAUACAGGUAGUCCCAGGGUUACGAACGAGUAUUGUAGGUGACGUAACCCAAAUUUACGCGUAAGUCAGAAUUAACCCUUUAAGAACCCCUAAAUACCCCCUAAAUAUCAAAAUAGCUAUUCAAAAACAUGUAUUGUAUAUCAUAUUAAUAGAAUAAAGUAAAAAUAAGAUACUGUAACUACCAUCAAUGCUGGUGGACGGUGAAAAAAGUACACUGAAAAUGCCGACUUUUCACUAUUGGACACACAAGAUUUCUCGUUUUAAUGAUGUUUACAAUAGUUUUACUUUUAAACCACAAACACAUCAUAGAACACUUUGGUUUGUUAGUGAACAAGCAAGUAAGUCGAUAGGUAUUAUGAAGCUUAUUUAGAGCUCGAUUUCAGCAGCUUAGACGAUGUCGAGCUGCUAACGCUACACCGUAGCUUGGUGAAUCACUCUAUUUCCUUAGUGGAAAACAGAAAGUGACCUGAUUGGGUAUGUGCUCACUGUAAGUAAACUUAUAAAUGUCACCAUUUUUAACUUGUAAACAAAUUAUUUUUAACAAUUUAGUCUAGGGUGACCAUAUUUUGAUUUCCAAGAAAGAGGACACUCGGCCCGGCCUUGAGAUACUUGAAUUUUAUUCGAAGUUCACUCAAAGAUGCCUAUAUCACUUUAAUAUAUUCAAACUGUGCCAAAAAAAAAACAAACAAACUACCAUAUAGUAUAUAUUACAUACUAAAUGGAAAUAUUUUUUUUUAUCCAACAGGUUACGAGUUACUCAACAGGCUUCAUUCUUCUUAAAAAAAAAAAAAAAAUUAAACGCAAAAAAAAAAAAAAAUAAAAUAAAAACAACAAUCAAUAACGAAUUAAAUAAUGAAAAAAAUAUAUAUAUUUAAUGCAAACCCAUGGAAAUUUAGUCCAGUCAAUACACACAUACACACAGUAUGCUAUGUGCCAACUAAACAUUUUUCUAAAUUACAACAGUAUAAAUGUCUCUUACAACUACUCCUUAUUGUAGUCUGUAACUGCCUAAUCUCCUACCAAACCGUCAACUCAGUAGAUGGUGGUAAUUCCCCAAUGAUACAAGGGGUAAACUGCUGACAAAAAACAAGAAGAACUACUCCUUCUCCUCCUACUAGUAGGAGCCACUUCAACGCAAGCAGGCACUGCCUCCCAGUGGCUGGAGGGAUUGUCUUCAAAUUGGUCCUGUGAAAUGAAUGAAUUUACAAAGAGGACAUCAAAAGUGGACUUGUCCGGGCAAAAGGGGACGUUUUGUCACCCUAAUAUAGUCCCAAGAAUUGUACAAUCACAACAGGAAAAUAAAAACAAUGCACGCAAAAAAAUAAAUAAAUAAAUAAGUUGCGCGUCAUGUAAAUUUUCAAUUAACCUUAGUGAGACAACAGCUCCUCAUACCGGUGUAACAAAUAUUUGCAGGGAAACUUGACAGUUGAUAAACUGGAAUACAGAGCUCAUAUACACACACUGGAGACAAAAUGGCUGACGAGACUCUGUAAAGUCGAAAUCAGAGUCGAAAAUUGAGUAGUCAUAACACAGGAACUACCUGUAUUCAGGAACUUUUUGAAAAAAAAAAAAGUCGUGGAAUAUUCUACUUGACUUGAGCAAAAUUAUUACAAGGGAAAUUGGCAAACAAAAUGCUAGCAGGUUUUAUGAGUCCAACACAUUUCGGAUCUCUAAAUGAAACUCAAUUUUUUUUAAAAUUCAAGGACAAGUUCUUAUUUGAUAGGAAGGAGCUAAAUUUAGCCUGGUAUGCAAGCGAGAAUCAAAAGACGGAGAAGCACUGCCUUAGAGUCAUCAUCACUGACUUUGCUGCCCUCCUUUCGGCGCCCCUGGCCGACCCCCAGCUGCCGCCCUCCCUCUCCCCUUUGCACUCCUUUUCUGGAAGGUUACCUUUUGUGUACAAAAGACAAAUGUCAUGUUUGAAAUGAAUCUAUUUAUGAAGCACUUACACGUCUAAUAAGGGAAGAUGGAAAUAUGUGUAAAUGUACAGUGAGUUGUAUUUUAUAUCCCACACAAUUAUAGACACAAUGUGUGUGUGUGAGUGAGUGCAUGCACGACUACGGGAAACCAUUAUCACGCCACAUGCAGAUCAUGUGUAAAUACAAAGGAUUCUGAUUUGAAAUACAAAGUGUGAUAUUCAUAAUAAUAAUAAGCAUAUUUUGUGUCCAUGUGCAGGUGGGGGACAUUUCAUUGUUUCUUUUCCUUUGGCGGGAAAAUUUACUACGUACGACAGUUGAUCUAAUCAUGUUGAAUGCAAUGACAAUAAAAAUAGCUUUAUUUUCAAAUGG